CCUCGAUUCUAGGGUUGCCUUUUUCUCCGUGCUGUACACAAAAGAAGAGCGGCGGCGGCGACCGACCGACCGACCGAGUGGGGAGUCUUCGAUUGAGUUGGGAAAGAUUCAGGAAAAUCAGAGGAAUCAGAUUGUUGAACGACGCGAGGCUCAAGAGGAAGCUGUCGAGGCCGAGAGAGCAAAGCCAAUGGCGGGUACAGACAAACCCAAGGCGAAGCCUCAAAAACCAGCCAAGGUAACGGCUGCGAGGAUAGCAAAGAUGAUGGCUGAAGGGGCUGCGAUGAUUAGAAAUAUGACGCCUGAAGAAAGGGACAUGAUUAUUGCCAAGUCAAUGUCUGAAGAAUCUGCCAGCAACGCCGACGAAGCUGCUGAGGCGAAAGAAGAUGCAAAUGAGUCUGAAUGGGCACAAUGCGAGGGAGAAUUGUUCGCUGCCAAGUUCCGCUCUUUCUGGAACAAAUACUACACUGACUGUGGUGCUACCUUCGAGCAAACCACUUCAAUCCCUGCCAUGUGUCACACAUACCCUGCUUCUGAUUGCUCCACCAAGGCUAUGGACACUCUGCAGAUUAUGUCAGUCAAAGUUACAUCAAUCAAAGAUGGUUUGGGUUUGGACUGGCCAUUGGAAGUGUUUGGUAUCGUUGCUGCACGUGAUGUCUUGGAUCACAAGCGCAAUAUUAUUUUCCACCGUCCAAGGACUGACUGCCAAAUCAUCACCCAGGAUGAUUGCUACCUAGCACUGACAGGUCCUACCCGUGCUAUUGCCGUGUCGGUGGAUCCUUCGUACAUUGAGGUUUCACUGAAAGUGAAGGGCACAACUGAAGCUGAGGAUACAGAUUUAAGCGAUCUUGUUCUGAUGUACAGAACUGGAUGCUGUCCUGGAAGUGUUUUCCCUAGCAGGCUUAGCACGCUGGAAAUUGAAUUUCGCCACAUUAAUCGCUCGGUGGAGGCCACUGUCCAUAUAAAAGUCAUUGGCGGGUCGUGGCCAGAUGGUUUUCAUGGUGAAUUUAGUGCUGGCAUCAGUAGUAGUGACGACCUGCAAGUCAAGUUACUUGACUUUGAAGAUGGUGGAUUGCCUGUGAAUGCUGAUGGCGAGAUCAAACUCUCACGCCGAGUGGUCUCUGUUGGAGUUGAGAGUAACCUGAAGGUUUCUGUAAGGGCACGCCCAAUUAACAAGGACCAUGCUGCUGAGAGCAGCGAAGCAGUUUUGAAAUGUCAGAGAGCCGGUACAAGCCCCUCGGGCAUCAAGCUCAGUGUUGGUUCCUGUAAUAUGGAAGUUAGUGUUGCUUGGUCCUGUUUCCGUCGAGCGUGGUGACACGAAACUAUUUUAACUCGAUUAAUUUAAUCCAUGAGUUAUAUAGUGGUGUAGCGUAGUGCAUGCCAGAAACCUGUUCCAAGUUAUGUAGUAGUGUUGUAGUGGUAUUGUGGCAUUUGGUCUAGUGGUGUAUGCCAGAAACCUUCCGACUGUUGUUUUGUAUUACUUCCUCCAUUCUAAAAUAAGUGUCGCUUAUUUUGUACUCCCUCUGUACCUAAAUAAUUGUAAUUGAAGAGAACUAGACUAGUUUUCUUAACUGUAA